AUAUAGUAUCUUCUUCUCACACCAGCACGACGUUUACCGGCAAACCGGUGCUGAAUACGUUAUUUAAAUCUUUUCCGCCAAAGGUGUCCCGCACAUCACUGAAACAUGCGACACUUGUAAAAUGCACAACAAAAACAAUCGAACUAAGUAAUGUGCAACCAGACACGUUACCUCAUAUUUUUCCAAUACAUUGGAACUAAAUACAGUGGUGCAGUCAAAGUACCUCCACACCAACUGGAGAGACAGGGGGUCCAAGAUCACUUGGAGGAUGCAAUAAGAAGACUGAGGCCACUCAACACAGUGUCUCUGUCCAUUUCCAGCAGGACAGAUAGGGGCGUCCAUGCUCUCUCUAACUCGGCCCACUUUGAUUUCCAGCGGAAGAAUGACAAGCCGCCGUUUACCGAGGACAUCCUGGUUCAGGCGCUCAAUUUCCACCUCAAGGCUGAGCAAAUUAGCAUUACCCGUGCCUAUCGCGUCCCUGAUGAUUUCCACGCCCGUUUUCGAGCGCUCUCUCGGACGUAUGUCUACCGCAUUGGCCUGGGUGUCUCCCAUCCUUCUGAGCUUCCCCUCAUAGAGCGCGACAUGUGCUGGAAUCUCCGCCACAUGGAGCUCGAUGUGGGAGCAAUGAGCGAGGCGGCUGCCAUGUUGCUCGGGACUCACGACUUCAGCAGUUUCAGGGCAGUCAACUCUGACAUGCCUUUUAAAAACCCCGUGAAGACCCUGGAUGUCGCCAGGAUACAGCCUGGCAGAGCAUUUGUAUGUGAGCACUUCCACAGAGAGAUUCCAUUCUGGGAGUUGACUUUUCAAAGCAGAUCUUUUCUCUAUAAGCAGGUGCGCAGAAUGACGGGGGUCCUCGUAGCCGUGGGCCAGGGAAGUAUCUCACUUACUCAGCUGAAAGAGAUCAUGGAGGCUCGGGACUCUCUGGCUUAUCCGCAGAACCUAGUUGCUCCUGCCCGUGGCCUCUUCCUCACCAGAGUGGACUACAGAGAGUCAGACCUGCUGCUGUCACCCCGAACCUCAACUGGGGACUCCGAUGAGUGAUACAAAAACUCAAAUGUGAA